AUGUCCUGCCGCAGCCCGAGCACUGGCUCUAAUGAGAACACCUCACGUCCACCUGGGGGAAGGCCGCGCGCGGCAGGCCAGCGGCGGGGGCGCCGGGGCAGAGCCGCAGUCCGGCAGAGGCGGGGCGGCCGGGGCCUCGGGGACCGGGGCGAGCCGCCCCUCCGCCCCCCGCCCCGCGUCGGCGCGCAGCCCCCAGGCCCGCCCGGGCCCCCGGCGCCCGCCGCCGCCCCGCUCCGCGGCCUCCUCGCGGCCCCCCAUCCCGGCCUCCCCAGCCCCCGGCACGCGCCCGGGUCCCCGCGGGCCUCACCUGCCGCCCCGCCGCCCGGCGCCCGCGAGCCGCUCCCGGCCGGCCCCGCCCACUUCCCGUCCGGCCGCCGCGGGCGCCGCGCAGGCGCAGGCGGACCCGGGCGGGGGGGGGGGGCGGGGCCGGCCUCGGCUGCCCCCUGGCGGCCGGUGGGGCGCGCGGGCGGCCGCACCUGGAGGGCGAGCGCACCCGAGACCGGCGUCCCGGCCAGGGCGGCGGGUCCCCACCCGCGGGGCCGCGGCGGGCGGGGCGGCGCCCGGAGACGAAGCAGCCCGCGCAGUCAACGGCCGGGCAGCGGCGGAGCAGGGAUGCGUGCCCACACCGCCCAGGGCCCGCGACACUUUCAGGGACCGUCAGCUUCCAACGGCUGCCACGACAAUUGCCGCAAACUUACAUUUAGUGCCUACGGGUCUGGAGGUCAGAAGCUCGCAAGAUCUCGAUCCUGUAACGCCCCCCCAGUCAGUGUGGUGACCCCAGCAAGGCCCGCGGCUACUUCUUACGACCUGUGA